UCUCUCUUGGAACGAAUUAUCUGUCAGUACCAAAAAUUCACACACACACACACAACGCAACUCGGUCAUUCCCGACUUAUUGGGGAGGAGAAAAUCUUCUCGAGAUAGAAUUAGUGUUACAACGGGCAUAAAUAAAAUGUAAUUGGGGGAAUUGAUCAACAGCAUCGAAUGGGAUAAGCGCAAAGGACUGUGUCAUUUCGCAAUUACUCAAGUUGAGAGGAAACCACGGAGCGUUCGAUUUGCUGCUCCACCGAUGGCAGAUCACGAAAACAUUUACGACGACGAGGAGCUAGUUUCAGCCAAUCCAAAUCAAAGGAAUUGGCGUGGGAUCUUAAUAGCAUUGCUCGUGAUCGUCGCGGUCUUAGCUCUUAUUGUCACAUCAGUCGCCUUGCUCACUCCUCCCGAUGACGGCCCUAGAGUGCGAGGAACACGAUUGCAUCUCGCCGAGGUGCUGUCAGGCGAAUUGUCUCCCUUGUUAUUUAACGGAUCGUGGGUGAGCGAUCGCCACAUAUGCUAUCGGGACUAUUGGGGCGGUAUCUCUUUGUUGAAUGCUUCGGAUGUGAAUGUGUCGCAUAGUUUAAUGCCGAAUGAAACAUUUAGACGAUUAAACCCAGCGAAGUUCUCCCUGUCGCCGGAUCACAAAUAUUUGCUUCUUGCUCAAAACGUGAAGAAGCUAUUUCGUUACUCGUAUCUGGCGCAAUACGUGGUUUACAACGUGGAAUCACGAGAGUGCGUAGCGUUAACUCCUUAUCCAGAAAAAAACGAUCAUCCGUAUCUUUUACUUGCUCAAUGGACACCACAUAAACCUGGAAUCGUUAUGGUGCAUGAUUACGAUAUUUACUACAUGACGAGUCCUACGAGUAACACCGCAUAUCAAGUAACAAACACGGCGAUACCGGGCAUAUUGUACAACGGGGUGCCGGAUUGGCUCUACGAAGAGGAGAUAUUGCACAGUGGAGAAGCGAUCUGGAUGUCACCGGAUGGUAAAAUGAUGCUUUACGCUUCGUUCAAUGAUUCUCUCGUAGAACAGAUGCACAUCCCAUGGUUCGGGGAAGGAACCAGAGCGUUAUACACUGAUAUUCGAUCUUUACGCUAUCCUAAGCCAGGAACGUCGAAUCCUUCGGUAGGACUAUAUGUUGCUGACCUAGUUGAUCCUAAAAAUAUUCGCACGAAGAUGGUAAAACCACCUCCUAUCAUCGAACGUGUAGAUCAUUAUUUUUCAACCGUUUCCUGGAUAUCUCUGACAGAAGUCUGCAUAACGUGGUUGCCACGCCUUCAGAAUUUCUCGGUGGUGACCAUCUGUAAGAGUCCACUGUGGCACUGUCAGGAGAUACAAAGAAUAACGGGCGAUGGCAACGGAUGGGUGGAUACUCCUCCGGAGCCUCCUUUGUUUUCAGCGAAUGGCAGCAGUUACAUCGCGAUAAGUCCUGUGAAAGAGGGACCGGCGGGAUAUUACAAGCACAUAAUUUGGGCUAAUGUGACUCGAAAACAAAUAGUGCCUUUGACGCAUGGGAAGUUCGAGGUCGUCAAGAUUUUAGCGUGGGACCAAAGAAAUAACACGAUAUAUUUUAUUGGCAUUCCAUCCAUGAGACCGGGCCAGAGACAUCUCUAUCGAGUUAGUUCUAUUCUUCCUAACAUGGGCUCGUCAUUGUAUCCGGCUGUGUGUCUCACGUGUCCUCUCACUUCGGCCGCUAUUGCGAUGACGGACGAGCAUCGGGGGGUCGGUGGUUCUUCGAAGAAUAGUAUGAUCAACCGAAACGAAUGGCACGAUCAUUACGAAAGUCCGAUGGAUAAUAUCGAUCACAAGGAACAUCGCGAUGAAAAACAAACAAAAGAUAAAAAGGACAAAUCAAAAAACAAGAAUAGAGAGAAUGUUGAACCACCUUGUCAAUAUCACAAUGCGAUUUUUCCAUCCGGUGGUCAUGAUUACUUCAUCCUUGAGUGCCUUGGACCUGGUAUACCUACUGUGACUCUGUACAAAACGGAAAUGCCUAUGCCACGACUACUCGUCCUAUUGCAAAACAACACAUUGCUGCGCGAAAGAUUGGCAAACAUUGCACUUCCGCAAAUAAAGACAUUCCCCGUGCAAAUAAGCGGCGGUUACAACGCUCAGGUGAGAUUGUAUCUACCACCCGGGCUUAGAGAGGACGAAAUUACACGUUAUCCGUUGAUUGUUCAAGUAUACGGUGCGCCCGGGUCGCAAUUAGUCACAGAGACGUUUAAAGUGGACUGGAACACGUAUUUAGCUAGUCGGAAAAACGUUAUUGUCGCACAGAUCGAUGGCAGAGGAAGCGGCGGGCAAGGCUAUAAAUUACUCCACGAGGUUUAUUAUAGACUAGGGACCGUAGAAGUGGCCGAUCAACUUGACGUUACGGAAUACUUACGGGACUCGCUACAUUUUGUGGACAGACGAAGAGUUGCUAUUUGGGGUUGGAGUUACGGGGGUUUCGUUGCGGCUCUCGCUCUGGCUCAUCCGGACCAAGAUGUGUUUCAAUGCGGAAUAAGCGUUGCGCCUGUCGUCUCAUGGAAACUUUACGAUUCUGCAUACGCCGAGAGAUAUAUGGGAUUGCCAAAUGCGUCAUCCAACUACAAAGGUUACGAUGAAUCCAAUGUUUACAACAAAGUCGAACAUCUACGUGAUAAAAUGUUUUAUUUGGUGCAUGGAACUGCGGAUGACAACGUUCAGUUCCAACAAUCCAUGGCACUUGCUAACCAUCUCGUCAAGAGAGGCAUACUUUUUCAGCAGCAGGUUUAUCCAGACGUAAGUCAUUCCUUAGCGGGCGUUAAAGGACAUCUUUACCUCUCGAUGGCGCAGUUCUUGGACGACUGUUUUCAAAAACAAGUACCUGUUGAUCUGAAGCCCGGACUUGGCAGUGGCGGCUCCGGUGAAGUUUAAUGCAGUGUGCAAACAGAUUUAAGGAUAAAUAUCGUAUAAAAAUAUUCUCACAAAGUUAAAAAAAAAAAAAAAAA